AUGGCGCGACGUCUCGCCACUCGCACCCUCCUGCUGCUGUCCUGUAGCCAAGAAGGCUCACUGCGGAUUCUUCGGGCGUCGACGGAAGUGUGUCGUGGCUCCUUGCCGCCGUUCUCCCCUGCAGGCAGCGCUUUGGAGGCUGCUCGGCAGCUGGUUGGCCCAAAAGUGACAAAGAAGAAAGACGGCGAGUUCGAAGGGGGCGAGUUCUGGGAGGCCCAUGAGGAGCUCCUGAAGCGAGCCUGGCAGGAACAUGGGCCGCUGCACGCUGACCUGUACAGCUUUGGUCCGAACUUUGAGCGCCGCUACCUCACCUCAAAGCUUCGUGCUGCGGCCCGCCUGGCGCGGGAGGAAGGGAGCGAAGAGGCGGCAAAAGGGCUCUUCGAGGAGAUCCUGCCUGGCGUGUUCGCCAGCGAAGAUCUUUUUACAGAAGCAUUUCGGAAGGAUGUCCUGGAGGAGCUCGACAGAAUAAACUCCGCCGGCAUCCCCACCCGCAGGCCAAACGGCAUGAACCGCUACGGCGUCAUACUGGACCAGGUGGGCUUUGAGGAGGCCUUGAACGGCCUGGUUGGUGCUUACAUCAAGCCCUUGGGGGGAAUGCUCUUUCCGGAGCUUGUGGGUGAUCACGACGCCGACGAGCACUACGCCUUCACGGUAAAGUACGAGCCCAGUGGCGACACUGAGCUGGCAAAGCAUGGGGACGCCUCCGUAGUCACGCUGAAUCUGUGCCUGGGCCCGGCAACCUGGAAGGGAGGCGCCCUGCGAUUCUUCGCCUCCGGGGGAUCUGGCAUCUACGCCCUGCCGAAGGGGAAUGCCUCAGCAGGCUCUGGCGAUGUCAACUUUCAGCCGGGCCAAGUGCUCCUCCACCGCGGUCAGCACAAGCAUCAAGCUCUGCCACUGCUGUCAGGGCAGCGAGCAAACUUGAUCAUAUGGCUACAUGCAGAGCAUGGCGUGGUGCGGGUGGCCCCCUACCCUCCUGAGCAGCAGCUGAUGGCCAAGCAGAGGUGGCAGCAGAUGCCCAGGCUGAAGUUGGACCUCUAG